AUGGGCUCGCGGUCACCGACGUUGGCAAUAGCAUGCCUCGGUCGUCGCUCCGCGCUCGUCGCCAAGACGCAGCACACCACAGGCUACACGCGAGCAGCGACUCGGCUGGGGCGACGAUGCCUAGCCACGCACGCAGAAACACCCAUCAUUCGGCCACAGUUUGCUGAUGUGCAGCCGCCGCGCGAAAAGACAGAACUAGACAAACUCCUACGCGCGAUCCUCCCCGCCUUUCUCCAAUGGACAGACGUGCUGGCCAAUGAGACGUCCCCGCUCUAUCCAGGCGCCGUCGAAGAGCUCCUGAAGCUCUCCGCGCCCACCGUCUCCGAAAUCAUACGCUGCCUGGACCCGUUCCUCUCUUCCGACGACGACGCGGCCGAGAAUCUCCGCAUCAGCACCGGCGAAGCGCUGUACACGGCCUCGGGCAAGCUCGUCGACGAAGACGGCGUGCGCCGACGCCACCGCCGACGGCUCGCCGGCUUGCAGACGCUCUUCCGCCUGCGGGCCGCGUCUCUGCUGCCGCUCACGCUCGCCGACUACGAGGUCGCCAUGCGCAGCGCCGGCGCCGCCGUCGACUUCCACGCCGCGCGCGCGUUCUGGGGCCACAUUGCCGAGAACGGCCUGCAGCAGUGGCGCACCGCGCGCGCGUGGAACGAGUUCCUCAAGGCCUUCUUCAUGACGGAGCCGCUCUACUACCAGUUUGACCGCGCGCGCGUCGCCGUCCAUGCGCGCGCGCUGUACCGCAGCCGCAACCCCAUGCACGGCGCCACCCUCGAGGCGCUCGACCGCCAGCGCUUCAGUAUCAACGCCCUCACCGACGUGGACAAGGGCGUCAUGCGCGACCUGCGGAAGCGUGUGCAGGACCGCGGCUACCGCGCUCACUGGACGCGCGGGCUGCUCUACGGCCUGGACAUGAACGAGGCGCUUCUCUGCACCUCCAUCAAGGCCUUCUCGCGGUCCGCCUCGCUGCACGCCAUCAAGCAGCUCAUAUUCAGCAACUACUACGGCAUCACCAUCGACAACGAGCGCGAUCCAACGCAGACCACCAUCACCGGCGGCCACGACUUCCCCGCCGACUCGCCGCUGCGGCCAACCCCCGCUCUCCUGGAAGCCAUCGCCGACGGCUUCGGCGCCAUGUCGCACAUUGCCCUCGGCCUGCAACUCGUCACCUUUGUCUCCCAGCGCUACGGCCUCCCGAUCCCGGCCGCAGUCCGGUCCAGCCUCCUCCACUGGACGUACCUCUUCUCCUCGAAGCCGUUUGGCGACGCGCGGCGCAAGCUCGGCGUCUGGCCGUCGACGACGCAGCGGCCCGUCGACGUGAUGCACAUCUGGGAGGCCAUGACAUCGUCAGGCCGCUGUACCACGCCCACCUUUGACGACUACGACGUCUACAUCAAGACGCUGCUCGUGCAGCGCUGCGUCGUCAAGGCGUUUCGCGCCAUCAACGAGUACGCGCUGCCGCACUACGCCGCGCUCGUCGCGGCGUACGAGGCGGCGCUCGUCGACGAGGCUCUCCAAGCCGACGCCCUCUCCGGCGUCGCGCCGCGGCGCGCCGCGCUGCGCCGCCAAAGGGCCGAAACCCUCAAGGACCACACGCACCACCGCAUCACGCUCUGGUUCAAGCAGCUGCUCAAGGUGGUCUCGGCGAACCGGCACUUCCGCGACGGGCCCGUCGGCCGCGCGCUCGUGCCCCACCUCAUCCGCGACUACGCCUACUUUCUGCCCGUUACCGUGCGGUACCGCACGGCGCAGGGCACCGUGACGCUCGAUCUGCGCGCCGACGAGAGCUGCACGGAGCGCGUCGACUGGGCGCGGCGCUUCCGCCCCACGCGGCCCGCCAAGCGCAGCGGCACCCACGUCCGCGCCCGCAACGGCGGCGCCGCCGAGCCCGCGUUUGACUGGCCCACGGUCUGGCCCAUGACGGUGCUGCAGGUCCGCCCGGUGCCCAAGGAGCGGCUGGCGCGGGUCGUGGCGCCGCCCACGGCACGCGAGGGGACGUGGUGGGAGACGAUGGAGAAGCAGCUGAUGCUGUGA